AUGCUUGAUAGAUGUACGCUUUUGGAUAUGAGCCAGUUUGUUUUACACAAUGGCACAUUAUCAUUUGCGUAAUGUUUGCUUGAGGUAAGAUGAUAUUGUCGUCGAUAUAACCAGGGAUUAGUCAGGGCUGGUAUCAAAAACAGUUUUAUUUUCGAACUUCUGGCAGAAGCGCAGAGUUUCUUGUUGUUCCUUUAGUAUGCUCCUCUGGUAAUAACCGGUAAGCAAACAGAAUGUUUUAUUUAGUAUUUUAGAAUUCGCGCCGACAAUUGUUUAGGUUCCAAUAUCUUCCAUAUAACUUAGGGUAAGUAUUUGUUUUCUUUUCAGUCUGACUUGGACUCACUCAGACACCAUGAUACUCACUUCGCACUUGUUCAAAGCGUUGAUAGUUUGUGUUCCGUUCGUUCUUGUUAUUUGCGAAGCAAGGAAUAUCUCUGAAUCAGGUGAGUGCGAACCUAUUUCAAAACAUUUUCACUCGCAAUGCCACGUUCUGAAAAUCUUUCCUUGCCGAAAUUUUUAACUUUAAGCUAAUUAAUGUUGGCACGUAUGGCGCAGCAACAAGAACGCUCCGCUCACCCAGAUCGACUCCCACAAUGUGAGUUGGAUUUGCUUUUAUUUUUCGUCGUUCGCUUUCACGAGGGUUUUUACCCCCUCGACAAUAAUCUAUCUUCCAAUUGUCAAUUCGAUCGAGAGAAAGUAGACGAAGAAUCACCUCAGGGAUUUGCUUUUCUUCAUAGUUAAUCCAAAUUAGUUUUAAUUCUUAUGCCUGAGGAAGAGGAUAGUUCUAAUUUUGUGAAAAGCCAUAAAAUGACAUAUUGGAAGCACCAAAAUGUGUUUUAUGGCCCUGAAUAAGUAGGGCGUCAGAGAAACACUUAAUCUGACUUGUGUGGUCAAUUAUGACACUGAAUACACUUUAUCUGAUUCGUGUAGCCAAUCACAACACAGGAUAUAUAUAUAUACUUCAUCUAACUCGCGAAGCCAAUCAGAACACAGGAUAUGCUUUAUCCAACACGUGUGGCUAAUCGUUUUAUUUUCAUUUUCGUGGCGGGGAGAAAAUUAUGGAAGGUUGCUAUUUAUGGGCAUUUCUUUUACAACAGCUCCUGACAUUUGCCCCCCCGGAUGGAUGCGUUGGAAUAACGCGUGUUACUACUUUGCAAAUGAUUCUGUCUCAAGCCGGGUCGCAUGGCAAGACGCUAGACAGGCAUGUCAGAGAAUCCGUGGAGGAGACCUUGCCAGUAUUCACAGUGCUGCGGAGAACGACUUUAUAUCACGCCAUGUCUUAGGGUAAGAGCAGUCCAACUCCCUUGCUGAAUUCUCACCAAAUAUGAAGAAGUCGAAAAACAUAAUUUUUGGAAAGGGGGUGGGUAAAUAUGUCUUUGCAAGGAAGUGCACCGCUGGAUAUUGCGUAAAAGACUGUUGCAGCAUUUUAGCAAUCACUGGGAAAAGGGCAACCUAGUUUCACUGUGAGCAACGCUUACUGCUUAAACCGGAAAACGUUGCGAGACACAUUAAUCUUAUACUUGUGCGAAUGAAUGGGCGCAAGAAGAAAACAAACAUGCGCACAAAUGUUUAUUGUUGUCAGAUGGUUUCCUUGUGUUCAAUUGACUAUUAAUUGAGUUUCAUUUUUUACUUAAAAAAUUUGCACUAUGGGUAUUGCUGAUCUCAUUGCGUUGAAACCUACAUUAUUAAAGCGUAAAACUAACUCCCAACUCGACCAACAUUUGAGUUUUUUUUCAAAAUCGUGCAUGGAGAAAAGUCGUGCACCGUCUCAUUGAAUGAAUCUGAAAAUAUGAAUUGUUGGUUAUGACCUGACUAAGUUCGUGCGUUGCAUCGCACAACUCUCAGUGCAAGCUGUCGUUUAUCAUUAUUAAAAUAAUAGUCAUUAUGAUUAUUUUCAUAAUUAUUCUUAUCAUUAAUUUUAUUAUGUAGUGCUUGUUGGAUUGGACUUAAUGACCUCAGAGCAGAAGGCAAUUUCCAAUGGUCGGAUGGAUCAUCAUUUGUUUACAAAAACUAUAGCAACAACGAACCAAAUGAUAUCCAUGGCCAAGAAGACUGUAUAGAAAUAAAUUGGUGGUCAAAUGGUUGGAAUGACUUAAAUUGCGGUAGGACCCUGUGUUACGUCUGCAAGCAGACCAAGAGUAAGUUACCCACAGUAUGCCAGCUGAUAUGUAAAACUUAUCACAUUUUAGGCUGAUACAUUAUUUUGUUUUUCACUCUCCGUAGUCACUGUAAUGAGAAGUCAAUUGUUCGUGUAAAAGUUCUACUCCAAGCAUGUACGAACCUCACCGCAAGGCCUUAUUUAAAACUAAACCCUUUACACCCUAAGAUCAGUAUGCAUGUUCUCCAUACUGUUCUCUACAAAUUUCCUAAGGUGCUGAUAGGGAGAAUUUAUUUAAAAAUCAAGAGCCUCUUAGUUGGUGAUCAUUUCCUUUAUUCCCGUCCCGUGACUAUGAUAUUUGUUUCAGGGGUGAUAUUCUAGGGAGAAAUUAGCUGCUAGUCAAUCUUAGGGUUAAAAGGAUUUAAGUGCUAUUGAGAACAAUUUUAGCUUUGACGUUUGAUUUCAUAAACGAAUAUUCAAGGCAACGUCACUGAUCACAAGAUAAUCUGUUUUAUUAUUAGACUUUAUACCGGGUAUGUAGUGUAUUUUGGGAAACAACGGUAAUUUCGUGAGCCUGCAAAUACUUGAAAGAAUUAUAUCCUUUCACAUUUGGUUUGGAAAAAUAAAGAAACAUAUUUCUAAUAUCACUUUUUGGUACAAGCAAUCAAAAUUUGGUAAAAUAAAAGCUACAGAUAUUCAUCAUAUUUACAGAGUCGCCGGCAUAUGUAUGGUCUUUGACCACGUUCUCGAUCCCCUAGUAAAUUCUGGCACUGAAUUUUUACUUUUCACCCGCCUUUCGCUACCGGAUACGUGACACCUUAAUUCUUUUACUUCUCUCUUUCUUCAACUUCCCAACCGGUCAGGACCUCCGCUUUCGAGCUGCAAACCUCGCGACGUCGUAAAUAUUUCAUUUGUUAGCGCAUUUAAUUUUGAGAGGAAUUUUUCCAUAUCGCGUAAGAGAUAGGAGCCGGUAACUCGAAUUUCAAGUUGUGCAAUGCUAUGCAUAGUAUUCGUUUCGAAAUACUGUUUUUUCCGUUAGUUUGAAGGAAGUUAGAAUUCGUUUCAGUGGCGCUUUAAAAAGUAUUCAUGGAUAACGGGGUCUCAAAACUUGUCUUUGAAUUCCAUAUGCUUGCUAUUCCGGCAUAGUUUUUGUUCGGUUGGCUCGGAGCAUUGCUACGCAAUUAAAGUAACAGAUGACCACCACAUCACUGCCCGUCUGAAUCAAAAUAUUCUAUAAAUUGUUUUUGUUAGAAAGUGACGGCUGAUCAAAAGAGAAAUUCAGCACAAACUAUGUACUAAACGAUAUUUUUAUGAUGUGUUCCGCAGAAACCAUCAUACCAAAUGUGAAUCCUUUGGAACCUAAACCAAGUAAGUAAUAUCGACAUUAGCUCGAGACACCGUGCAUUUUGUUAUCAAUAUUGUCACUAUAUUUGUGUUUAUAAACAAGAGCCAGAAUACUUAAUUACUACUUUUGGUUUUCAAUUGUCGGAAUAUCUGAGAUGACAAAGGUAUCGUACAUAACAGAUUUCCAGUCAUCUCCGAUUUAGCUAAUCCUGGAAUGAACACCAAAUUUUAAGGAGUUUAAUCAUCAGAGGAGAUUUUGUCGCAAAUGUAUUAAUUUAUUUAGUUACGGUGCGAAAUGUGGUACUACAGGAUGAAUUCGAGGCCCCGUCCAACUUUGAACUUUUCAUGCGCUGAAAUUUACCUCCUUACUGAGUUCGUAAGUAGAAAGAUGUUUGAAUCGAUGAAGUUUGACAUGUUAAUUUUGGUCGACCCAAGAAUAUUUUACGCGUGGAACACACGAAAGUCUGAUUGUAAAGCAACUUCUAGAGCAAGUUUUUUUUUUUGAGCCAAACAUAAUGCAUGAAGGAUUACUUCGCGUUCCACAAUUCUCUUCUCUUGCUAUAUAGCACCAGUUUGACGAUAUAUUCUUCUGUCGAACUUUUUCUUUUAGCCCCACCCAAAGAUUUAAGUUCAGUACAUGAAAGGUUUGAGAUGGGUCAAGGUGAUUGUUUUUUUUCUUUGCUGUGUUUAAGCCCAUGGACGAUGUGAGGAUGGCUGGAUGAACUAUGAAAAGAGCUGCUACCGCAGCGUGUCAGAUCCUCUUCUUUCUUGGCAGAAAGCAAGGGAUGUUUGUCGAAAUAACACCAGUAUGCAUGGAGACCUUGUCACAGUGAAUAAUCGGUAAGUACAAUACAUUUAAUCAAAUCUACCACAAAUUCCGUCGAACAUGAUUGGUUAUCACCAGCCCGAUUUGAGCACUAAUAGGACAAUGUGCGCGUCAUGCUUUUAAUUGGACAGUUAAAUCGUGAUAACGGCGGCUUACUACCUGACGCCUAUUUACAACUCGUCAGAAAAAAGGGAAGCUAAUUAGUGAGCAUAUUAACAAAUCGGACUCCCGAUUCGCGGUCGCCCGAUUUUGUCAAUCACUCCCUAUGAUUACAGACCAAAUUGGACUCCUCUUUGUCCUAGUACCAUUAUUAAUCUUACAAGUUACGCAUUUAUACCACAGCUCUAGUCUGAACCUUCUACGGUUGGUUAUUUUAGCUUUUCAUUUUCCAGGAAAGAACAGGUAUUCUUAAAUACUAUCACUCGAGAAACCAGCACUGAUUUUUGGAUUGGCCUUAAUGACUUUAUCUGGGAGGGCAUAUUCCUCUGGACAGAUAACAGUCCUCGCAAAUAUACUUACUGGAAUGUCAGUGAACCAUCAAAUAAUAAACAGUCAAUGGAUUGCGUACUCAUGAAUCCUCAUCAAGAUGAAGGAAGAUGGAGGACUGCGUCAUGUAAUCAGAGGAAUGGGUUUAUCUGUGAGACAGGUUUGUGAAGAAGAAAAUGAUUUUAUGAACUGGCUCUAAAGUACAAAACCAUCGAGGAAAAAUGAUGUCAAGUUAACGAAGGAAAAGAGGGAAAUCUGACUUCCAAGUGAGAAUUUGAACCCAACACCUUCCGAUGACAGGUCAGAUGUUGUAUCUUCGAGCUUUGAAAAAAAAAUCAUCGGCCUAAUAAGGUCUUGUGAAACGUUGGGGUCAUAGGUGACACAUGUCUUAGGCUCUACUACGAUGAGCCUCUGUAAGUGCGUCCUGUAGGCAAAGGAGGUACGUAUGGUAUGUCACAUUAGAGCGCUUUCGAUUGAGCGUCGUGAAAUCAAAAUCAAAGCAAUCUCAGCAGCUAAACUGGCUUAGGAAAAAAAAUAUCAAGAGGAACUAUGCAGUGAGAACCUGAGGUAAAAACAAGCAAAAUGCAUGAAGCGCAGGAAAACGAGGGUGACCAAGAAAUCGCAAUUGGUUUUAGUUUUGAAUCUGAUUGAGGUGUUUUCUGGACCAAUCACAUAGCGAUGUAAAGCAAAAAGCAAAGCAAUCCUGGAUCAUUUUUGAAACUCAAAUGAAAAUUGCUCUAUUCACACAUAAUUUAUUGUCUUGGCCACCGGGUUUUCUAUGGUAAGGUGAGAAAAGUUUUACAUUAUAAAGCGAGGCUGAAAGAAAUAACUUUAAGAAGAAUUUUCUGACUGGCAGACAUCCAGUUUUGGUAUUUAAACGGGACGUGCUUGUUUCGUUUUAUUUCAAUUUGUUGGGCUUUUCUUCAUACAAAUCCCUCUGUUGUGAGACAUGUUCCCUGCGUUUUUAACACGACUGUAAACCCUAUCUUGUAGCUAAUAUUUAAAAUAGAAAGCAAGAAACAAUACAAGAAUGUGAAAAGAAAAUGGGUGAUUUGUACACAACCUGAGUAGGGGCUGCUUGAAAUAAUUGUUAGAGAUAUAGUCAGGCCAUCUAACCAACAUUACUGGUAGUUUGAAUAAUAUAAGAUUAUGAUCGAGUGAUAAAAGCUCUACGAUGCAAGUAAUGGAUAACCUUAAAAAAGACUACAAAUGUAUAAAAAAAAAAUAAGGAAAUGGGUGAAUUGGGCGGAAGAUACACAGAGUUUGUUAGAUUAUACUCUCGCUCAGAGUAUGCUUUUUCAACUCCUGAUGAAAUUAUUUUCCUAGGUUGUAUUUCAAGGAAGAUAACUUAGUUUAUGUCAUUAAGCUCACUCGAAUAUACUGAGGUUUUAUCUUUGAUUUUUCAUAGAGGCUCUUCCAAUUCUUCCAACUCAUGACCGACCGCCUGGUGAGCUUUUUUAAUUUGUUAUCAACGUAACCCUCCUAACGACAAUUUAAAGGAAAGUUGAAUUUAACCGUGACCGUUGAUUGUGCUUUUUUCUUUUGUUUUCUUGUUGGUUCGCAACUUCGUACUUGGCGCGGAAGUUGGUAAGUUCGGACCACAACUUGGUAACUUGCAAUGGCAACGUAAUGACUUGCGACUUGCGAUUGCAACCUAAACUUGCAUAAACUUAGUUUAUGUCAUUAAGCUCACUCGAAUAUACUGAGGUUUUAUCUUUGAUUUUCAUAGAGGCUCUUCCAAUUCUUCCAACUCAUGACCGACCGCCUGGUGAGCUUUUUUAACUUGUUAUCAACGUAACCAUCCUAACGACGAUUUAAAGGAAAGUUGAAUUUAACCGUGACCGUUGAUUGUGCUUUUUUCUUUUGUUUUCUUGUUGGUUCGCAACUUCGUAACUUGGCGCGGAAGUUGGUAAGUUCGGACCACAUCUUGGUAACUUGCAAUGGCAACGUAAUGACUUGCGACUUGCGAUUGCAACCUAAACUUGCAUGGCAUCACUUGGUGGCUUACAAUGAUAACAUAGCAACUUGCAAUGGUAACUUAGUAAAUUGCAAAGGCAAUUUACUACGUUGCCAUGGUAUUUUCGUAACUUGUCAUUUGCAAUGGCCAUUGAGAACUUUGAAAUGGCAAUUUAGAAAUUUGUCAUCCUAUUUUGGUAACUUGCAAUGGACACUUAAUAACUUGAAAUGGUAAUUUAGUAACUUGCAAUAGCAAUUUGAUAACUUGCCAUGGUAUAUCAAUAUCUAACAAUAGCAACUGAGUAAUUUUCAGUGGCAAUUUAGUACUUUGCAAAGGCAAUUUGCCUUUGUAUUGUUGUACCUUGUGAUGGCUAUUUAGUAAAUUGCAUGAGCAAUUUAGUAACUUGCCAUAGUAUUUUAGCAACUUACUUCAACAACUAAGCAAUUUGCAGUGGCAAUAUAGUACGUUGUAAUAGCAAUUUAAGAAUUUGUCAUCUUAUUUUAGUACCUUCCGAUAGAAACUUAGUAACUUCUAAUGGCAGUCUAAUAUCUUGACGUGGUAUUCUUAUAACUUGCAGGUGCAGCUCAGUAACUUGCGAAGACCCUUGAUUAAGCAAUUUGCUCUGGCGACUUAUUGACUUGCAAUGGCAAUUUUGUAACAUCCAGUGGCUAUUUACUAACUUGUCAAAGCAAACGAUCGCAAAUCAAUCACGUUAUGCGUGGCGUGGCGGGAAUUUUAGUUUAUCGUUACACUUGCGUUUAAGAUGCUCGUAAGGAAGUCGGAUGACCAGACAAUUUAGUUCCCUGACGGGGCGCACGACCGCUUGCCAAAAAGGACGAGGACUCUGCGAACGACAUUGACAGCCUUCAGGACAAUUUGUAGGAAGUACUUAUCUCUAAAUCUUAUAUUCUAACAUUAGGUCGGUGUUUUUUAUUUUUCAGUAUGGCUGUUUUGGUUAAGUCGUAGCCUAUACUCAGCUACAAAUUACUGGCGAGUUAUGAAACGCAAAACAGCAAUUUUGCAGUGAAUGCUUUUCAGCCUGUGAAUGUAGCAAACGGGUCACCAGGUCAGGUUCAUUGUUGGAGAUUUCUUCAACAUUUCCAUCCAUGGUAAAGGAUUUGCGCAUGGUCACUGCAUUUUCUGAGAUAUCCGUGGCGACAAAUGAAAAUGGAGAUAAAAAAGAUCAAAUUUUGAUGAAAAGUAAAUAAUGUGGAUACAUGUAUAUUCCAUUAAAAUGUUAUUAUACGACUAAAAAGUUGCGUUAUACAAAAAAAUGCAAAAUAGAGAGGAAAAAGAUUUGUUGGCUAUAAUCACAGGAAAUCCUUCGUCAAAUGAGAAGGUUAAGACUUUGCCAGAGAAUCUCCUUAGAAUACUUUUCGAGGAUAUAACAUCUCAGCAUAACAAUAGCAGCAAGAAAUAAUCCUUUCCUGGCAGAAGCCGUUUCAGCCGUGUUCCACGUCGAUUGGUGCCAGAGGCUGUGGUGAGAUACAAAUUUAUAAGCAGUCUUCGAUUCCAUUGGUGCUUGUGACAUCAAAAGGUUUGAAUGUACAAUUUUCUUUUUUUUUCCUGAAAUAAAGCUGUCGUGAUGUUUUAGAACAGUCUUUCUGUUAUGCAACGUGAUUCCAUACCAAAACUACAGUUUGAGUUAGGUGUAAGUGGGCUGGGAGUGAUAUUGUAUUCAGAAUGGCCAAGGAUUUUUGAGAAACAAGUGUUUUAUCACGAGAGAAUAGAAAAAGGCUGAAGUAAAAUUUUGAGGGAAAUCCCUGAGAAAGAAGUUUUAUUUCGAGAUUUCAGGGCUCCAGCUUAGAUCCAAGAGAAAGAUAACAAUCCAGAGCCUGGAAUUCACUGAUAAAUCAUACAUACACAGCCCUUGGUUAAGUGGCUUUCUCCUGGAGGCUAAGAUUCAUUUAUAUCUAAUUUUUGACUUAGAAACCAUAUUUCGUGUGGCUCUGAACUUUAUUUUCAGGUCACUAGCAUCCAUAUGCGUCCAUUCCGAGGUAAACUACCACAUUUUUGUAAUAAGUAAAAUAGAUUCGAGACAAUAAGCAAGAUAUUUCUCCUCUUAUAUGCAGGUUAGAUGGACUUUGUCAUUGUUGUCUGGUGAUGGAGAAUUUUAUUACCACCUCCAUUACCCUUGGUUUAAUUUUUUCCAUACCCCACUCUCACUUCACCUCGCCCAACUCGUGAACUUUGACAUAUUCAUCUGGUACAUCAUCUGAGAGGUUGUGAGAUUUUUACACCGUGAACCUGUUAAAUAUGUGUUUUAUUUCCAGGUCCUCAAUCCUCCGCGUUGGGAAAUUGAAGAGGAGAAUUAGAUAAUAAGGUAAUUAAAUAUGGAGAAGGAAAGGGUUGAAUGGUGCGUGGACUGUCACAGUGAGAUCUCUUUAUGAAUUCUUACCUCAGUGAGAUAUGAUCAGUUUCGUUACUCAUUCUUGGUUAGCUUACGCAAGCAAUUUGCCAUUUUUCCCAAAAGAUCGUGGACAAACUACGCAGAAGCAGAGUAUUAGAGACUUUAAGAAAAAAACGACGGCGACGAUAGUGAGAAGGUGGCGAAAUAUAAGAUUUCAUGAACCUGAAAACUCGCUCAGCGCGCGCAUUUAAAAACUUUGUAAAUAUCUUGGUCGUCGUUUACAAAACAACAUUAGAAAAUCUCCAAAAUUUUGCGCAGUCUGAGAACGGGAACCCCUCGGGCAAAUCAUCCAACGCUCCAUUCUCACGUUUUGCUGAAAGAAAAGAUCUGGCGCCGUUUAAGACAGCAAACAUAUCGCGCGCUACGCAUGAAAUACUCAGGAGAAACGGAAGUUCCUUUCUUUUUUAAGCGAUGUUUUCCCAGGUAUAGCUGUCGUGACUCCCUAAUUAAAUCUCUGGCAGAACGUAAGUAGAAAAUUUAUUUAAACACAUCAUAACCUCACGAGACGUUGACGAAACACUGCAACAAUUUCGAAAUUUCUAUACCCAUGCUUGAAGUACAAUCUUAAAUGAACACAUCACAGAAUGGUACUCUAUAGUUGUAUAUAUCGAGACUGACGUGGAUCGACUUAUAUAUUUGCUACUGAUGGUCUUAGUCUAAGGUAUGCCAUUUUGAUUUGAAGUCUCUAAUGAAGUUUACGACCCUUGUUUCAAAUCCUCGUAAGCAUACAAUAAAAUUAGUUUUAUUCUAAGAUAAGCUUGAUUAGUAAGUAUUGAUAAGACCGAAAAGAUCAGGGAUUAUUAUGCAGGGGUCCAUUGAACGAGAAACCCCAACAACGCAAAUACUAAUCCUGUUGAUAUUUAGAUGAUUCAUUGGGCGCGCCUUUUGAGGCACGAGUUUUAAAUUUCAAGGUCUUUCCAGUCGCAAAUCACUGUAAAAGCUCUGGUGUGCAUGCUUACUUACAAGAUGCUUUACAUUUAAGCUUCAAGGACUUAUUGAAAACCAUAUCACUGAUAACAUUUUUACAUGCCUUUCAAAUGAUUUUCACGUGCCUUUUACUUGCACGUAAAACUUGUGCAAUAGGUGUGAAAAUCGUAUUUAGACUUCCUCUAGAUUUUACCAUUACAAGAGCCUGAGUACGUGUAGAUGUGCGUCUUGGUUUUUUUAGGACUUCCGCCGCCUAUUGUUGUCUAUCAUGUGGGAAGCUUUUCUUUGUAUGAAAAAAAAGCCUGUCAUUUUUUUCUCGUGACUCUGGCGAACCCAUCUCAUUAUCAAACUGAAGUUAUGUCAUAGCCAUGAACGGUAGUGUGCACAAGAAAAGCCUUUUCUUAUGUACAAAAUGGCUUCUUUUCAUCAAAGUAAACGGUCAGGUAACAAGUGAUACGCUGUGAAAGUAAGGUGAGGUAUUUUUAUUGAGAAUUUGACGUAUUGUUUUAUUCCUUAGAGCGGUCGUAAAUAUUCUCAUACAAGCUUUUAUAAUAUUCCGCUAUGACUGUUAUUGGGCAAGAUGAGCAUCUCACAGCUGGAGCUUGGGCUGCUUGUGGUUAUCUAAACUAUUUGACAGUCAAUUAUCUCUUUUUCAUAUAUUAAAGUUCAUUGUAUUAUUAUCUCAUUUUCAUAAAUGCUCUCAAAACGGGAUAACAACUGAAGCUGUUCGAGGAAUCAACCAAAGUAGGAGUAUUUUCAUCGUCAUGAUACUCAGUGCGCUCCUGUUCAAAGCGAUUCUCGUUGCUUUCCUUGGCUUUCUGGAUAAUUGGCAAGCGGAUGCGUGUUCAG